CUAAUGCGCAGAGGACCCUCCUCAUUGGUGUGUGCGGCAGGGAGGAAGUGGGAAUGCUGAGGUAGGACAAGAAGUGGUAGAAAGGGCAGGAGACUUCACAACAUAGGGACUCGAAGAAGCUUUAAUAAAAGGCAAAGCGCACCUUUGCUGGACUCGCGUAUUGUAUAGGAGGAGAAACCAGAAGUCAAGAACACCUAAAGCGUUCCUACUUUCUUAGAACACCCUUAAACCUGGCACCCGGCCCAGCCCACUGCAAGACAGGUGAACUGGCGUCCGUCCCGGGGGCUGCGGGACCUGCUCCUCCAUGAACCUGCCGGGAGCUGAGCGCCUUCGCCCCACGCCGCCGCGCAGCCUCCGGGGCUCCGAAGGGGAAGACGGCGAAAUCGAUAUUAUGGGAGAGGAAGAAGAUGAAGACGACGACGAGGAGGAAGAGGACCACGUGGAGAUCAAAGUGAGCCCAAAGUUCCUAGAGCCGCUGCACCUGCCGGAGCCCCCGGGGGCGCGGCAGGGCGCGGGCGCGAAGCCGGGAGAGGGCACCGAGAGCAGCAGUUGCCCAAGCGACUCCCCGGAGUUUGGCACCAAGUUCAGGGCCUCGACCGGGUCUGCGGCGGCCUCUGGAGACGCCCCUCAGCCCGCGAAGCCCCCCUACUCCUACAUCGCGCUCAUCACCAUGGCCAUCCUGCAGAGCCCACACAAGCGCCUCACGCUGAGCGGCAUUUGCGCCUUCAUCAGCGGCCGCUUCCCCUACUACCGCCGCAAGUUCCCCGCCUGGCAGAACAGCAUCCGCCACAACCUCUCGCUCAACGACUGCUUCGUCAAGAUCCCCCGGGAGCCCGGCCACCCGGGCAAGGGCAACUACUGGAGCCUGGACCCCGCCUCCCAGGACAUGUUCGACAACGGCAGCUUCCUUCGGCGCAGGAAGCGCUUCAAGCGCCACCACCAGCCCCCGGGAGCCCACCUGCAUCACCCCUUCCCCCUCCCCGUAGUGCCCGCUACCCUGCACGGUCCCUACCCCGGCCUGCUGCCUGGGUCCCCGGCCCCACCGCAGCCCGUCCCCGGGGCCUGCCUUGCCGCCACCCCCCGGAGCCGCCCGUGUGCUCUGCUGCACCCCCAUCCCCUUCGCUACCUGCUGCUGUCCGCCCCUGUCUACUCUGAGGCGCCAAGGAAAGUGCAAGGCGGGGACCUGGUGACCCCCGGCGCCGCCCUUCCAGCACUGCAGCCCCCACUGGGCUUCCAGCCUUGGGAGGGGGGCAAGGGGCUGGCAUCGAGGCAGGUCGGCGGAUGUCCCUCCUUCAGCAUCGAGAGUAUCAUGCAAGGGGGCCGAGGAGGGGGUACAGCGACCGCGCAGAAUCUGUCCCGGACCCCGUGGGGCUACUGUCACCUGCUGCAGCGCCCGCCCUGCCUGUUGCACACCCACGCUGCCGCCCCCUGGCUCCCCGUGUCCGCCGCCGCCGCAUCCACUGCCCGGAGGAUGUUGCAGCCGCAGCAGCAGCAGCAGCAGCAGCACCAGGACUGUGCCAGCAAAGGCGCCCUGCUGGGCCUGGGCCGGCACCUGUCCGCCGCCAUGGCGCUGCUGGGGCGUCAGCCAGGAGCGGAGGGCUCCAGGCACAUGUCCUGCGGAGUGGGGACCUCGCCCGCAUUUUGAGUAGCACCCGCCUCCUGCCCUGGCGCCAACUCCGAGGGGCGAACCGGGAGCCAAACUAGAGGGUAGAGAGACCCAGGUCUCGCUCUCCCCGCUGCCUGUCCUCGCGCACUCCACUUGCAAAGCCAGGACCAGGUGUAUGCAUUAGCAUCCCGCAGCAAA